AUGUACACUAAAUGCAAGGAGAACGGAUUACACAUUAAGAAAGAAGAGGUACGCUUAAUUCUUAAAGAACUUGACCCAAGGGGUGUUGAACUCAGAGGAAGGAGGCGGCUCCAUCGUCGAAACUAUUUUGCAAAAGGGCCCAAUUAUAUUUGGCACUUUGACUCUUAUGACAAACUGAAACCAUUUGGUAUCUGUAUAAACGGCUGUAUUGACGGAUUUUCCCGGAAAAUUAUCUGGAUGAAUGCAUUUACGACCAGCAGUGACCCAAAAAUCAUUGGAGGCUACUAUAUGGAGGCAGUCCAGAAAUUCGGUGGUUGUCCAAGAAUUGUCAGAGGCGACCGGGGCACUGAAAAUGUUAAAGUCAGAGACUUUCAGCAUUUUCUCCGUCGUAACAUUCAUGACGGCUCUGAUAUUGACAGCUACAUCGAAGGGGCAAGCACAGCAAAUCAGCGCAUAGAGAGUUGGUGGGGUUUCCUCAGAAAGGAAUCAAUGGAGUUCUACAUCUCUCUGUUCACUGACCUGAAGGACCAUGGUUUGUUCGGUGGUACAUAUUUGGACCGAGGUCUAAUUCAGUUCUGCUUUAUGAGUAUCAUUCAGGAUGAAUUAGACGAGACCAUCCAUGUGUGGGAUUCACAUGUCAUCAGACCAUCAAAGAAUGACAGGGUGCCCAGUGGUCGCCCCCGAAUUAUGUACAUGUUCCCAGAACUCUACACAACUUAUGACUGCAUUUCCCCAGUGGACAGAGCUGAUGCACAGUUGUGUCAGAGUAACUGCACAUUUCGACCAGCAGUGCCAUGUGACACAGACAUCUACAACAUCUGCAACAUUCUGAUGGCAGAGUCACAGCUGCAUCUUCCAGCUGAUGCUUAUCAAGCAUUGGAUUUGUACCUGCAUUUGAGGAAUGAGAUAACAUCCGCUCUCUAAUUUGAGAUGGAUUAUUAUUCAGAUUAUUCAGGGGUACAACAUGUGCACACUGACUACACUGGAACAGUGCUAUGCCACAGACAUUAAGAACAUUUGCAGCAAUAUUGAGGGGCAAAAAGGAUUGAUAUGUCACUAUAUGCACACUGACUA